AUGCUUCCCACUCGGAAAGUGCCCCUCGUCAGGCAGCCUCCGAUGCAAGAGCCGCUUCCGUUUGACCCGAAAAUCGUUCAACAAGGACUCUCAGAAUUACAUAUUUAUCCAACUCGUCAGGGUGGAGGAUUGAUGCAAAUCGAGGUGACAAUGUCGUUCGGAUUACAACCCGGAUGGAUUACCGAGAUCGAGCGAAGCGUCGUCGAGUACUACACGGGUGAUCAGAGCAACUCCGGGCAACAGGCGAACAAUAUUGCUGAGUAUUUGGAGAGAAAAUUGGGCGGUUUUUGGUCGGUGAUGAUUGUUGACGAUCCCGGGAUUGCCGCUUUCACCGUCAGUCGGAAGCCGAUUUACGCGAUGAUACAAGUAAACGGCGGUGAGGGUAUUCUGAUCUCAAGCUCUGGCAUCCCAGCUGGUGGCCCUUCAGGAAUCAGCAUCGGCUCUCCAUUUAGACAACCUCCACACAUGGGA